UCAACUCCUCAUGGACAAAGUGGGCAUGGAUCUCAAGAAGUGCUCUGCAUCCACCGAUGUUGAACAUGCAAAAGGAAAUAAGAAACGCAAGAAAUCCACCGAGCAUUCGCGAAAAGGGAAAGAAGUACCAGCGUCCAAGAAAAUGGCUACGCAUGACGUUAAUAUAGAUAGACAGGCAUCUACCAUAGAAGAUGUUCUUGAUGAAAUCAAAAGGUUGAAAGACUCUAUCAAAGAGAUGACUGAAACAAUAAAAAACCUACCGGAGAAGUUACUGACAAAGGCUGAUGUACCGGAGAAGUUACUGACAAAGGCUGAUGUACCGGAGAAGUUACUGACAAAUGCUGAUGUACCGGAGACGUUACUGCCAAAGCCUGAUCUACCGGAGAAGGAAACUUCAAAGGGAAAGGUGAAUCCAUCGAGAUAUAGGGGAACCAUUUUCGUCAAUGGAUUUGAUCCUUACCUUCCCAGGGAUGAUAUUAAGAGCGCAUUGGUUAAACAUUUCGGUUCAUGUGGAGAUAUCACAUGUGUUUUUGUUCCCCGUGGCAGUGGAUAUGCUUACAUAGAUCUGGAAAAUAAUGUUGACAAGGCGUUAGAACUCAAUGGAAGUUCUUUGGGAGGAUAUACUCUUGAGGUUAAGGAUGCUCCGCGGAAACUCAAAGACAAUUGUUCUCCAAAGUGUGGUUAUUGUUCUCGUGAGAGGUCCAUGCGCUUGGCUGGGAAAUGCUUACAGCCUUUCACCGUUAAAUUCCAAAAAGACCCUGCAGGUACAUAAAGAAGUUUUUUUUUCCUUGAUUAUGCGAUUCAGAAUAUAACAAAGUAAUGGUCGUUGCUACUCUACUUACUAAUAUAUCGACCAGGACAUAUUUAUGUUUUUACAACAAAACUUGCAUUAUGAGUCUAUGACAUGUUUGUCGUAUGAUAUAUUUAUGCUUUUGUAAAAUAUUUUUCUUUCAUAAAACUACUUUGUUUUCAGCUUUAUAUAGUAACCUAAUUAGUCAGAUUCACUGAUAAGUUGGGUUCAAGUUUGUCGUUGUUGGUUUUUUGUGCUCUUCUUUUCCCGGCAUGCAAUUAACACCCUGCAGAUUCGAGCAAACGACAAAUACUAUUGCAUAUAAUCUCACCUACCAUCUGCAAAUUAAGAUAAAAUGUUGGUUCACUUUGAUUAGGAACGCGUAUCUGCAAACACCAUGCAUACUUACAAAUCACUCAAAUUUCAUAACUAAUGCUGAUAUGAUCAUGCGAGUUAUGACCCAAGCAAGACUGCUAGUAUAAAAGUCCAAAGUAAUGUCCUCCUCAAAUCUGUGGCUGUGGCAUUAAUUCUCGGUUUAUGCAAUAUUAACGUUGUUUACACUUUACACUUACAAUAGAAUCAAUGUAAGAAAUAACAA